AUGGCCGUUACGAUAUCCUCCUGGCUCAAGGGUCGCCCUUCACAACCAUCAAAUGCUUACAUCACUAACGAAGAUGAUAUUGCAGGUCUUAUUGAUAGCAUAGAGCUCGAUCUCAUAGAUGCGGAUGCUGAGAUAUACAUGGAGAAGUACUGGCAGCUCCGCAAGCAAGUCGACGAAGGCGAGAUAUGCAACGAUCUUCGAGCUGAUAACGCUUGUCUUUGA